GAGAUGGACAUGAGUGAAAGUUUCAGAAGAAACUCUUCUCUUUGGAGAAACAAUGGGCUGCAGAUGUUCUCAAGGUCGUCGCGGGGAGAAGAAGACGACGAAGAAGCUCUGAAAUGGGCCGCCAUAGAAAGGCUUCCGACGUUUGAUCGUCUGAGAAGAGGAAUCUUGGUGGGAUCAGAAGGUGGUUUCGGAGAAAUUGAUGAUGUAAGGAAUCUUGGAUUUCAAGAGAGGAAGAACUUGCUUGAUAGGCUUGUUAGGGAUGCUAGAGAAGACAAUGAGAAGUUCUUGUUGAAGCUCAAGAAUCGAAUUGAUGCUGUGGGAAUUGAUCUACCAAGUAUUGAAGUUAGAUUUGAGAACUUAAAGGUUGAAGCAGAAGCUUAUGUAGGCCGCAGAAGUUUGCCUACUUUGAUCAACUUCUUUGCCAAUAUUUUUGAGGAACUAUCAAGCUACACUCAUGUUCUUUCGACUAGAAAAAGGCCGUUCACGAUCCUAAAGGAUGUUUUCGGAAUCUUGAAACCGGGACGGAUGACUCUUCUCUUAGGGCCGCCAAGUUCCGGAAAGACAACGUUGUUGUUAACUUUGGCAGGAAUGCCUCAUCCCGAUAUGAAGGUUAAGGGAAAUGUGACAUAUAAUGGACAUGAGUUGAAAGAAUUUGUGCCUCAAAGAAGUGCUGCAUACAUCAGCCAACAUGAUGUCCAUUUAGGAGAAAUGACUGUCAGAGAAACCUUGGCAUUCUCAGCGAGAUGUCAAGGAGUUGGAACCAAUCUUGAAAUGCUGGCAGAGCUGUCAAGAAGAGAAAAAGAAGCUAAUAUCAGACCUGAUCCUGAUGUGGAUAUUUACAUGAAGGCAGCCUAUUUGAAAGGUCAAGAAGUAAGUAUUGUCACAGACUAUAUUCUCAAGAUACUAGGAUUGGACAUGUGUGCUGAUACUGCUGUAGGAGAUGACAUGACUAGGGGCAUCUCAGGUGGACAAAAAAAGAGAGUUACAUUAGGGGAGAUGUUGGUGGGACCAGCAAAGGCUUUCUUCAUGGAUGAAAUCACAACAGGAUUGGACAGUUCCACAGCUUACCAAGUGGUGAACUGCAUAAGAGAAUCCACACACAUUCUGAAAGGGACAGUUCUGAUGUCACUCCUCCAGCCGGAGCCAGAGACGUACGAGCUCUUUGAUGACAUCAUGCUCAUUUCCGAGGGCCAGAUCGUCUACCAAGGGCCCCGUGAGCAUGUCAUUGGCUUUUUCAGAUCCAUGGGGUUCAAAUGUCCGGAGAGGAAGGGCGUGGCCGAAUUCUUGCAAGAAGUGACCUCGAGGAGAGAUCAAUGGCAGUAUUGGGCGGAUAAGGACAGGCUUUACAGGUUCGUUACAGCGAGGGAGUUUGCUGAAUCCUUCAGGUCGUUCCAUGUAGGACAGAGGCUAACGGCUGAUCUGGCAAUCCCGUUUGACAAGAGGGAGAGCCACCCGGCUGCUUUGACAACGAAGCACAGUGGCAUCAGCAAAAAGGAGAUCUUGAAAGCUUGUGCCUCGAGAGAGCUCUUGCUGAUGAAGAGGAACUCUUUUAUGUAUAUAUUCAGGCUCUUUCAGCUUAGUGUCAUGGGAUUUGUUACAAUGACACUCUUCUUUCGGACAAAGAUGGGGCGAGACAGCCUCGCGGAUGGAAGGAAGUUUGCUAGCGCGAUCUACUUUGUUUUGUCCAAUGUGAUGUUCGGUGGGCUGGCGGAGAUGGUGAUGGGAAUUCUCAGGCUGCCGGUAUUCUAUAGGCAGAGGAAUUUCUUCUUUUUUCCUGCUUGGGCAUAUGUUCUUCCUCAGUGGAUAUUCUCCAUUCCUCUGAAUGCUUUUGAAAUGCUUGUGUUUACUGUUAUCACUUACUACGAAAUCGGAUUUGAUCCAAAUUUUGGAAGAUUUGUUAAAUAUUACCUGCUGCUAUUGAUGCUAAUGCAAGCCUCGACUUCACUGUUUCGUUUGAUUGGAGCGAUUGGUAGGGAUAUGAUCGUUGCUUUCCUGUACGGCUACUUCAUAUUACUCCUGGUUUUGUCUCUGUGCGGAUUUGUCCUGCCUCGAGGGGCCAUCAAGAACUGGUGGAUUUGGGGCUACUAUAUUUCACCAAUGAUGUAUGCAGAAAAUGCAUUGAUGGUUAAUGAAUUCCGAGGUCAUAGUUGGAGACAUGCUUCUCCGGAUGCAAACAUGUCGUUGGGAGUCGAGGUUUUGAAGUCUCAAGGCUACUUCCCAGGCUCGUAUUGGUAUUGGAUCGGAAUAGGGGCGUUGAUAGGGAUGACCUUUCUGUUCAGCUCUUGUUACAUUCUUGCUCUUACUUAUCUUAACCCUAUGGGAAGAUCUCAAACCAUAUUACCAGAAGAUGAGAAUGAGGUUUUAACUGACAAAAAUGAGAGAAAGGAUGAAAGAAAGAAGAGAGAUGUGGUUUUAUCUUUUGAACCUCACUCCAUGGCUUUUGAUGAUGUGAAGUACUCAGUUGACAUGCCACAGGAGAUGAAAAACCAAGGCGCGAAUGAGGACAGAUUGGUGCUCCUGAAGGGUGUGAGUGGGGUGUUCAGGCCUGGCGUGCUCACUGCCUUGAUGGGGGUCAGCGGGGCUGGGAAAACCACGCUUAUGGACGUGCUGGCUGGUCGGAAAACAGGUGGGUAUAUCGAAGGAAACAUUACUAUCUCUGGCUAUCCGAAGAAGCAGGAGACCUUUGCUCGGAUUUCGGGAUACUGUGAGCAAAACGACAUCCAUUCCCCCUGUGUCACGGUCUAUGAGUCCCUUCUUUUCUCGGCUUGGCUGCGUCUCCCGCCUCAAGUCAAUUCUGCAACCAGAAAGCUGUUUGUCGAGAAUGUGAUGGAGCUCGUUGAGCUGACUCCGAUAAGAGACGGACUGGUUGGGCUGCCCGGGGUGAGCGGCCUGUCAACUGAACAGCGCAAGAGGCUGACAAUAGCAGUGGAGCUCGUGGCGAAUCCUUCCAUCAUAUUCAUGGAUGAGCCUACUUCGGGGCUGGAUGCGAGAGCUGCUCAGAUCGUGAUGAGGACGGUCCGGAACACUGUGGAAACCGGGAGGACUGUGGUCUGCACCAUCCAUCAGCCUAGUAUUGACAUCUUUGAAGCUUUUGAUGAGUUGUUCUUGAUGAAGCGAGGCGGGCAGGAGAUAUACGUUGGCCCGGUGGGGCAACAUUCGUGCAACUUGAUUCACUACUUUGAGGUGAUACAAGGAACUCAGAAGAUCAGGGAUGGAUAUAAUCCAGCAACUUGGAUGUUGGAGGUAUCGUCUUCGUCCCAAGAGCAAAUUCUUGGGAUCGAUUUCGCUGAGAUUUACAGAAACUCGGAGCUAUAUAGGUGCAACAAAGCUCUGGUGAAAGAGCUUAGCACGCCUCGCCCUGGGACGAAGGACCUACAUUUCCAAACCAAGUAUUCUCAGCCUUUCUUCACUCAGUGCUUGGCAUGUUUAUGGAAGCAGCAUUGGUCGUAUUGGCGCAAUCCCACUUACUCCGCAGUAAGAAUGGUGUACACCGCCUUCCUAGCCAUCAUGUUCGGGUCGCUCUUCUGGGAUCUCGGGUCCAAACGGGGCUCUUACCAGGACAUUUUGAACGCUAUGGGGUCGAUGUAUAGUUCCGUCUUCUUUCUAGGGGUUCAGAUUGCUACAUCGGUGCAGCCAGUGGUGGUCGUGGAACGGACAGUCUUCUACCGCGAAAAGGCUGCAGGGCUGUACUCGGCCUUGCCAUACGCACUAGGACAGAUGAUGAUGGAGAUUCCAUACUGUUUCGGCCAAGCUGUCGUGUAUGGAUUCAUCAUGUAUGCAAUGAUCGGUUUCGACUGGACUGCUGCUAAAUUCUUCUGGUUCUUGUAUUUCAUGUUCUUCACCCUUCUAUACUUUGUGUUCUACGGCAUGAUGGCUGUGGCUAUGACGCCUAACCACCACAUCGCCAACAUCGUGUCCUACACGUUCUACGGAAUCUGGAAUGUGUUUUCAGGGUUCGUAGUGUCCAGACCGUUGACACCGGUUUGGUGGAGAUGGUACCACUGGGUGAACCCUGUUGCUUGGACUGUGUACGGUCUAUCUGCAUCUCAGUUUGGAGACGUGACGGAUCAGUUCGCGACCGGACAGUCCGUUGGAGAGUUUGUGCGAAGUUACCUCGGAUUCCAACACGAUUUCAUAGGUGUUGCUGCUGCUGUUGUUGCUGGGUUUGGAGUCGUGUUUGCUGUUACAUUUGCUUUUGCUAUCAAAAUAUUCAAUUUCCAGAGGAGAUGAGAGUUUAGCAGAAUACAAGA